AUGUGCUACUAUGGAAGCUACUACAGAGGUCUUGGCUAUGGCUAUGGCUGUGGUUAUGGCUGUAGCUAUGGAGGCCUAGGUUAUGGCUAUGGCAGAUUUGGAUAUGGCUGCUGCCGCCCAUGUUGCUGUGGCAGAUACUGGUCCUAUGGAUUCUACUGA